AGUACGUGGUGCUUGGCCCAUCUCACCUCUUCACUGGACUCCUCUUCCUCCUCCAGCGUUUCUUACUCAGGGACGUGCGUCAGAGUCACGUGGAGACCCUUUUCAGGAUGCUCGCGUCCAGAACGUGGGAAACGGUGAAACGUACGACCAGGAAGGGGCAGUCGGCCGAUGGUGUGGCGGUGAUCCCCGUGCUGCAGCGGACGCUUCAUUACGAGUGCAUCGUUCUGGUGAAGCAGUUCCGACCACCCAUGGGGGGCUACUGCCUGGAGUUCCCCGCAGGUCUCAUCGAUGACAACGAAAGCCCGGAGGCAGCAGCCCUUCGGGAACUCGAGGAGGAAACCGGCUACAAAGGUGACGUUGCCGAGUGCUCUCCAGCUGUGUGUCUGGAUCCUGGCUUGACAAACUGUACCACACACAUCGUGACAGUAACUAUCAACGGAGAUGAUGCUGAAAACGUGAGGCCUAAGCCAAAGCCAGGAGAUGGAGAAUUUGUCGAAGUAAUUUCCUUACCAAAGAAUGACCUGCUGAAGAGACUUGAUGCUCUGGUAGCCGAAGAGCACCUGACAGUGGACGCCAGGGUCUACUCCUAUGCCCUGGCCCUGAAACACGCAAACACGAAGCCCUUUGAAGUGCCUUUCCUCAAGUUUUAAGGCCAAAGGACAGUAGCCAUGUUUUUACAAACAAGACCACCCACCAGGCCUCCUUCACGAAGACUUUGUAUUCAGCUCAGCUUAAUGUAGAUUUGAAAUUAGCUUUUUCAUUAAAUAAAAGCAACACAGAAUACAUGUGGUGAGAUGGAAUUGUAAUUACAGGGGGAGCUGUAGCCUCCGUAUUUCAGUGAGAAACUAAAGAAAUGUGUUAUGUUUUA